UUUGGUUUGACGUCUUCGUAUUGUGAUCUUCAUGAUUUGCUGAGAGUUAAGUGCAAUUUCGUUGGAGGUGUUUUUCCAAUUUUAAAGUUUAUCAUCCAGAUUUUCACGGAUUCCAUAGGAUCCGAUAGCCACCGGGAACGAUGAUCAAGGCGAUACUGGUGUUCAACAAUCAUGGCAAACCGAGGCUAUCCAAGUUUUAUCAAUAUUUUAAUGAAGACAUGCAACAGCAGAUAAUCAAGGAAACGUUCCAGUUGGUAUCCAAACGGGAUGAUAAUGUGUGCAAUUUCCUCGAAGGUGGAAGCCUAAUCGGAGGUUCAGAUUACAAGCUCAUCUACCGACACUACGCCACACUAUAUUUUGUGUUCUGUGUGGAUUCAUCCGAAAGUGAGCUCGGUAUUUUGGACCUGAUCCAGGUGUUCGUCGAAACGCUGGACAAAUGUUUCGAAAACGUGUGCGAGCUGGAUCUAAUCUUCCACGCGGAUGCCGUCCAUCACAUCCUCUCGGAGCUGGUGAUGGGAGGUAUGGUCCUGCAGACGAACAUGGCCGACAUUCUGGCCCGGAUCGAGGACCAGAACAAACUGCAGAAACAGGAAGCGGGACUUUCGGCCGCUCCGGCGCGGGCCGUCAGUGCUGUCAAGAGUAUGAAUCUCCCGCAACAGAUAAAGGACAUUAAAUUACCUGAUCUUCCCCAAGCUAUUAAGGAUCUUAAAUUCUGACCAAACACGAACUUUGAUACGUCGUUACUCACCAAGAUAGCUUCCGACUCGUCCUACAUUCCAAUCGGCAGCAGUGGCCUCGAUGGGUUCAACUUUGAAUCGUACCAGUCGGAGCAGCCUCUGGCCCUGGCGGCAAGCGAGAAACACCAGCAGCAGAAAUCCAGACGAAAACUGAAGAAAGCUGAAAGCCAUAGCCAUAGGAUGGGUGGCGAUGAUGGUCAAGAUCAUGAGGAUAAGGACGAUGGCUAUUACCUCAAGCUGGCCUAAAAUCGCCGCUUUCCAUGGUUAGUUAAAACGCUGUUCUACCCUUUGAACGAUUUAAAAACAAAACCAACAAUGUAACGUUUGGAAUCUGCUACCUACCUGUUCGAAUCUUGAACUGCUGCAUAUUUUUAAUUUGGAAUCUUAUGUUACGGAUGUCGGAAGUACUAUUAAUUUAAUUAAUGGAGAUACAUUUUUAUAAGGUA